CCUUUCCAAUGACGUAAACGGCGGUGUGUUGUGAGUCUGCUGGUGGUAGCAAACCCUCACAUUUUCCUUCAUUAUUAUCAAGCAGUGUUGUUCCAAAGAAGGGCUGCAUAUUGCGGAAUAUCAUGUCAGAUACGGAGACCAAGCCCUCAAGUGAUGGAGGCGAGAAGAAGGAUGGAGAAUAUAUUAAACUGAAAGUGAUCGGUCAGGACAACAGUGAAAUUCACUUCAAAGUGAAGAUGACGACACAUUUAAAGAAGCUGAAGGAAUCCUACAGUCAGAGACAGGGUGUACCCAUGAACUCUCUAAGGUUUCUUUUUGAGGGACAGAGAAUUGCAGACAACCAGACCCCCAAAGAGCUGGGAAUGGAAGAUGAGGACGUGAUCGAGGUGUAUCAGGAACAGACCGGUGGCUGUCGGAAUGACUAGACCUCUAUUUUUCAUGCUCUUUAUUUUUAUCCUAAUUUUGUAUGUAUGACAUGUAUUUCAUCUGUUUCCUUUUGCUGUUACCUCAAAGGGAAGCAGAAACAAACCAUCUGGAUCAAAUAUAUGAUGCUGAGUUUGAAAGAGUUGGGGUGGGAAAAGUUCUUCCCCUCUGUCUUUGCGCGAACCAAUCCCUGCCUUCAUGCGCCUCUUUUUAAGGAUUCGGGUCACGGUUUACAUUGACACAUGUUAACAUGUUGGGUUGUGCCCUGAGCUGAUUGAAAACAGUCCCAUAAAGCAAUGCUAAAAAACCUUUACAUUAUCCUGUUAAAUCCAAUCUACAAAUUUUUGAUGGCAGCUUUGGUGUUCCUGUUGCUCACUUCUGUUUAUGUAUUCGGCCAUCGUUAAGAGUUCUGGUUUAUUGUUUUCGAACAUCUCCAAAACUGACCCGCUUAAUGCUUGUGAACAUACAUGCCAAUAGAAAACAGAGGUGGUUUAUUUGUGCAGUUGUCAUCUGAUGUUAGAAAAGUGUAAAAUGUUUCUUCCCUUUUCUUGCAUGUGUCUUAUGGGAUUUUGCAAGAGGGAGGUCACUGUGUUGUUGUAAAUGACAGGUAAGGUUUUGUUUUGCAUGGUUUUGUCUAAUGUAUAGGAAUAUGAAUCUGUGUUGUCACCUUCUAUUCUGCAGUGUCUUGAAUAUUUGGCUCCCUUUUAACCUCAAUAAUGGAUUUCAAAGGCUGGAAAUAAUGGGUAACCAUGUUGUUUGAUUAGUACUCAGGGGCAUCAUUUACAUACACACAAUAAAUACGGCCACUGUACUCAUGUUUCGUUUCCUACAAUUUUAUAUAUUUUUUUUAAUGCUAUUCAAGAGGCGAGGGAGUUUGGUCCAGAUGGUUUUGUGGAUAUAGAAGAAUUAUGACUUUGUUUUUGUCUUGUUUUUUUUUU